AUGGAUUCCAAGUCGUUGCCAUCCACUGAUCUCUGUGAGCACAAAGAGGAGCUAAGUGAUAAAUUGCAAAACGCACCAGAAGAUAUGCUUGAGGACAACGACCUUGGUGACGACAAGCAGUACAGCCAACUUCUUCGGAAGCUUGAUCGCCGUAUCAUCCCAAUCUUGGCUGUGCUGUACCUGCUGAGCUUCCUGGAUCGAGGAAGCAUUGGAAAUGCCAAUAUACAAGGUCUCUCGAAAGAUCUUCAUCUGGUGGGGAAUCAGUAUAACUGGUGCUUGACCGUGUUCUUCUUCCCAUACUGCUUUUUCGAACCCCUGUGCAACGCACUAUUAAUCAAGCUCCGACCGAGUAUCUGGCUUCCUUCGAUCAUGGUUGCCUGGGGAGUCAUUAUGACCUUGACUGGAAUCGUUCAGGGCUACUCAGGCUUGCUUGCCGCAAGAUUCUUCCUUGGUUUAACAGAAGCUGGACUUUUUCCAGGGAUCACUUUUUAUGUGUCACUGUGGUACACGCGUGCUGACGCCCAGUUCCGACUCGCCAUGGUCUUCGCAUCCGCAUCUGUCGCUGGGGCAUUUUCCGGCCUGCUAGCAUAUUUGAUUGUAAAGAUGGACGGUGUCGGCGGCCUUCAUGGCUGGAGAUGGAUAUUCCUCUUGGAGGGAAUGCUGACAGUUGUCAUUGCCAUCAGCGCCUACUGGAUCAUACCGGACGAGCCCGCCACUGCAAGAUUUUUGAGGGAAAGUGAAAAGAGAUUGGCGAUUGCAAGGCUCCUACAUGACCGGCCGCAGCACAACUCCGCCGGAGAACAGCAUCUGGAGAGCCAGUUCAAGUGGAAAUAUGUCCGAGCAGCGUUCACAGAUUGGCAGACAAUAUUCCACUGCCUGGGCUAUUGGGGCAAUGGUGUAGCUGUCUAUGCUAUAUCGCUCUUCCUUCCCACCAUCAUCAACGGCUUGGGCUACACUGCCGAACACGCACAGCUCUUGACAGUGCCCAUCUACACCGCUGCAGCUAUUACCUGCAUUAUGGUUGGGUAUUAUUCCGACCACACUCAGCAAAGGUCUCUGUUCAUCAUGCUGUCGUUCACAUUCCCGGGCCUUCUCACCCUUUCCUCGAACAACUAUGCUCCCAGCGCCAAGCGUGCCACUGGCAUGGCAAUACAAAUCGGCUUUGGCACGAUGGGAGGAGCCGCAGCAUCGAACUUCUACCACAAACCCGACGCUCCGCGCUAUCGACUCGGUCAUUCUCUCGUGCUCGGGUUCAAUGUGCUGUCGAUGCUGUGCAUGGGGUCGUACUACCUGAUCUGCCGGCACAUCAACAAGAAGCGAGCGGUGGAGUACGCGGAUACGCAUACGCAGUAUUCGGACGAGCAAUUGCAUGAUAUGGGAGACAAGGCCCCGAACUACAGGUAUACACUGUGA